AUGAACCAGCAGACUGAUUCCUCGCAGCUCGCAAAUUGCGAUAACAUUCCUGUCAUCGAUUUUUCGAGCGUAGACAGUACAUCACCGGAGGAGCGCCAGAAGCUCGCACAAACAGUCUUCGAUGCUUGCUCGCAAGUGGGGUUUUUCUACAUCAGGAAUCAUGGAAUCCCAGAGACCCUGGUGAACGGGAUCCACGAUGCAGCAAGGCAUUUCUUUGACCUGCCCGAGGAGGAGAAGAUGAAAUUCUAUAUUGGUAACUCACAGGUCUCUAUCAAAUAUCCAAUGAAAUUUCGCGGAUACAGCCCGAUAGGUGGCGAGAAGUCCACAGGCACCGAAGAUGAUCCCGUACCGGAGGAAGAAGCGACCGGAGUUCUCUCAGAGGCAUUCGAUAUCGGCUAUGAAGUUGUUAUGGAUUCCACCAAGCCCAAAAACGCUGUUCUUCCUCCAGAUCCCUACGAACUCUAUGGAGACAACCAGUGGCCCGACGAAAAGACAAUUCCAGGGUUUUCCAAGAUGUACAUCAAAUACUGCAUUUCCGCUCUGGAUCUUUGCCGCAAGAUGAUGAAGAUUUUUGCUCUUGCACUUGGGUUGCCUGAAACCUACUUUGAUUCUAGCAUCCAGACACCAGGAGUGACCUCGAGAAUGAUGCAUUACCCCGCCCAACCGGUAUCGGGGGAGGUGCAAGAAGGACUCGGAGCACAUACGGAUUGGGAAUGCUUUACAAUCCUGUCGCAGGGGAAAGUCCCUGGCCUAGAAAUUCUUAAUCACAAGGGUGAAUGGAUUCUGGCGCCUCCUAUCCCCGGAACACUGGUGGUCAAUAUUGCCGACUGUCUAUCCACUUGGACAAAUAAAAAAUUCAAGUCAACAAUUCACCGCGUGAAUAAUCUGUCAGGAGAAGAGCGAUAUUCGAUUCCCUUCUUCUUUGGUGUGGACUACGAUGCUACAGUAUCUGUUUUGAAGAAGUAUACAUCGGACGUGAAUCCCCCGUGCAGGCCACCAUUUAAGGCUGGAGAUUGGGUUCGUGAGAAACUUUCAAGGGCCUACGUGGGUUAUGAAGGUUAA